UCAGCCAAUGGGGAGGAAGCAACGAGAGCGACGCGCAGUGAGAGCAAGGACCGGUUUACUGGAACUGUGGCGGCGAUCGGGGGUUCCUGUACACCGCAAUCAUGUCUAUUAUGUCCUAUAAUGGAGGGGCCGUCAUGGCCAUGAAGGGGAAGAACUGUGUGGCCAUAGCUGCAGACAGGCGCUUCGGGAUCCAGGCCCAGAUGGUGACUACGGACUUCCAGAAGAUCUUUCCCAUGGGUGACCGGCUGUACAUCGGCCUGGCUGGACUCGCCACUGAUGUCCAGACAGUUGCCCAGCGCCUCAAGUUCCGACUGAACCUAUAUGAGCUGAAGGAAGGCCGGCAGAUCAAGCCUUAUACCCUCAUGAGUAUGGUGGCCAACCUCCUGUAUGAGAAAAGGUUUGGCCCCUACUACACAGAGCCAGUCAUUGCUGGGUUGGAUCCGAAGACCUUUAAGCCCUUCAUUUGCUCCCUAGACCUCAUUGGCUGUCCUAUGGUGACUGAUGACUUUGUAGUCAGUGGUACCUGCUCGGAACAAAUGUAUGGGAUGUGUGAGUCUCUCUGGGAGCCCAACAUGGAUCCAGAGCACCUGUUUGAAACCAUCUCCCAAGCCAUGCUGAAUGCUGUGGACCGGGAUGCAGUUUCAGGCAUGGGUGUCGUUGUCCAUGUCAUUGAGAAGGACAAGAUCACCACCAGGACACUGAAGGCCCGAAUGGACUAAUCCUUUUCCCAGAAGCCACAUUUGUUUGUUUUGUUUUUUUUUUAAAUAAAAUAGCCUUUCUUUCAUUCCUG